UCUGAAAUAUCUAUUGGCUAUAUUAUUCUGCCUUUCACGUCACUUUACUGAAUUAGCUGAUAUUAUUUUGUGAAAAUGGCGAAUCCACGUAGAGACCUUGACCUUGUAGGGGAGCAUGAGCAGAUCAACUUUCCAACAAGAGUUCAAACUUUGAUUUCUAUUAAACAAGCGAUAAAAUAAAGGAUUCAACUAUAAUAAAAGCACUACAAUCCUUUGAAUACAUACAGUUAUUACUAUUGAUAUAUAUUGUCUGUUUAAUAGAAUAAAAUUGUGACAUAUAAAAAAUAAUUUCUCCAAAACUUUAAAAAUGGCGGGCCGUGGAAGAGGUCGUGGUGCCCUUCUUUUGAAGGAAUUAAGGCGACCUGGAGAGCCUGGAAAAGCUCAGCCUACUCCAACAUCAGAUUUCACAGAACAGGAGAAACCAUGUGAAGACCUUGAUGAUUUGCUUAGCAAGAUGAGACUGGAUGAUGAAAGCUAUAUAAAAUCUGUUAUUGAUACUGCUAAACUACUGGCAACCUCAGAUGAGAACAUUGAGCAAAUGAGUAAAACCAUACAUGAGCAUACAACAGAGCACCCAAUGUUUGGUAUGCUAGGUGCAAGUAUAUCUCAGGGACUAGUCAAGACUGAUUUUGGUCAGAAAUACAGGGCAAAUAUGCUGAAACUUAUCCAGGCUGAUUUCAAAAAUAAAGGUAAAUUGCGAAGUCAGUCAAUAGUUCGAUUCUCUGGUGGAGUGAGCUAUUUGUGUUCAGUGUUUAACACACUCCGAAGUGCCACAGGGGAGCCUUUUAAACCUCUUGUCAUCCCUGUCUUUGACUGCUUAGAGAUGCUGCUAUAUGAGACUGCUAAAGAUGUAGAAAUUACAUUAUGCUAUACACAACUGAAGAAAAUGGGCUUCCUACUUGAAGAGUGUAAUCCAGAGAGGAUGCAAGCCUUACUUAAUCUCAUUAGAAUCAAAAUCAUAGAGUCAAGUACUACUGAAAAAGCUAGGUGCCAAUUGAUGGAAAUAGUAGAGUUAAGAGCCAAUAGGUGGCAGGACAUCCCAAUUGAAGAAAGGAAAAUUUACAUAGAUACUCUGGAGGAGAUAAGCAACAUGGAAAAUAGUGUGACAAACAACAUACAGCAUUAUGUGGUCAUUGCAAGGAACACUGGAUGAACAAGAACACUAAGAGGAAUGUAAUUGAUGAACUUCAUGUUGAUAUAAAUAAUGCCUCCAUACUUCAUAGUUCAUACAUAAAUAUACUUUAGUCCACCUGUCCAUUCCCUCAUCUGUCUGGGGGUAAUUCAAAUACUGAAAUAUGGAUGAUCUGAUUUUGUUAAUAUUUGCAUACCAAAUUUUGAUAUUUUACAUGCAAAUACAAUUUCCAUUUUGACUAUUUGGCAAUACAUUGUUGAUAAAUUGAUAAAUAUAUAUAUGUCUGUAGAUAUAUAUGUUGAUGCAUUUUAUCCAAUGCAAUGUUGUAUAUGUCAACUAUCCAUCCUUUAUUUUAAAUUUUAGUUCAUUCAGGUUAUGCUUAAAUUAUAUUUUAAUAUGAAACAAUAAAUAUAAUACACAAAAGAUGGCGUUUUGUUUUAAUUUAGGCAUUUUUAUAUCAAUCACUGGAUGCUAGGCUCAUUUUCUGAAUUUUGGUCUAAAACUUGCAAGAUGAUGUAACAUACAUGAUAAAAACAUUUUCUCUGCUAUCUUAAUACAUUUUAUCUCUUGAUUUCUGCAAUACUACAUUACUUGAACAUUUGGACAGAUAUGGUGUUGAUAUCACCUAUACUUCAGUUGCCUUAAUUCAAAUAUUUUACCUUAAAAAAUACUUGCUAAAAAAGAAUUUUUUGUUAUUGUGUAAAUAGUUGUGUAUGUUUGAAUUCAGAAUUAGAAAGGGAAUUGCCAUGCCAACAAAGUGUAAUGCAUCAAUCUUAUGUAAUAUUGAAUGUUUAGUUAGUCACUUGUCAGGAUCCUUUUGGAAAAUAUUGAUAUCUACUCUCAGUCAUUAUUUUCUCAUGAUUGGUGUUAAUGUUUCAGUAAACACCUAUAGAGUGAACCAAAAAAGGUAACCCAAACAAAUGUAGUCAAUCAGCGUGGGUUUAAAGGGUAACGCAUAUUGUUUAGCAAAUUGAUUGCUCGUUUUUGGUGUUGCCCACCAUUUUAUAAAAGGCACAAUCCCGGAAUAAUACUUGAACUCGAUGGUCACAAUUUUAUGGCCAUUUUACAAAACAUGCUUUUAAUGAAAGCCUCGUUUCUGAAGACACACAUCUUGUGUGAUCUCUCAUCUCCGUU